AUGGACAAUGGGUGCUUGAAUGGUGUAAUAUUUUUGGACCUGAAGAAAGCCUUUGAUUGUGUUGAUCACGAUAUACUGCUUAGGAAACUAUAUCUCUAUGGGUCUAGCCCAAUUACCUUAAAAUGGUUUAAGUCAUAUCUGUCCAAUAGAACACAAAUAUGUAAAAUUGAGCGUACUAUGUCAAGAGAACAUACUAUAAGAUGCGGAGUGCCUCAGGGAUCAAACCUAGAACCGUUGUUAUUUCUAGUAUACAUAAAUGAUCUCCCGAGGUGUCUCUCGCACUCGUCUACUAGUAUGUUCGCUGACGACACAAACUUAACGACAAAUGGUGGUAGAAGUGAUGAAGUCAUAACUAAAUUAAAUGUAGACUUAAAAGAGUUCAUCAAUGGUUGCUGGCCAACAGGUUAA